UUUAUUUCUACUGGCGUAACGAAUGUCAAUGUGUUGUAAUUUGUGCAAUAUAUAUGUGCAUUGAUUUGUAAAAUAAUUUUCUAUACUGCGAAUUUAUUAUCUUUAAUCUCUUCUCCUUCGUAAUUGUCAUUCGUUAUUGAGUGAAAGCAAUUAAAAAACAACAUUUUAUACCAUCAAAUAUGAAUGAAAGUCUAAUCAAAGAAAUACACUAUUUAACGAGUUUAAUAGAAAAUCAUAAGAAAAAAUUGCCAGAGAAGUCACAUUGUGUUGAAAAACCUAUCAUAAAUCAAACUUUAAAUUCUGCAAAAUCUGGGAUGUAUAUAAAUUUGUUUCAAAAAUCUCAACAAUCGAAAACAUCUACUACAGCAUGUAACAUGUUGACAAGUACUAAUGUAUAUAUUAAUCCAAACUUUAAACACCAAAAUUCUGCAAUAUAUAUUAAUCCAAAAUUACACAAAAAAUCUUUGGUACAUGUUAAUCCAAAAAUGAUGAAAAAUGUUAUCAAUUCUAAUGAAGAUGUCCAAAGUAAUUCUGUAAAUAUAACUACAAAUUCUAUUCAAAAAUCAGUGCAUGUUAAUCCAAAAUUAAUGAAAAAAUUGUCUUCCUCUGUACAAUCUAAACCAGCAGAACAUAAAGAAAUAAUUGUACAAAAUAUUACUUAUCCUACUUGUUCAAGAUUAAAACUUGUUAAGAGUACAAAUUCUCCAAAGGUUAUUCAUAAUCAAAAGAAAGUAAACAAUUCUGGUAUUGUAGCUUUAUCAGAAAGAAAACUUUUGCGUGUAAAGCGAGGAUUAAGAAAAUCCUUUAAUACUUCUCAAGUUGAACUUUAUAAGAUUAAAAGACCUUCAAAUCCUUUAGUAAAAAAUGUUAAACCUAUACCUCAAAAAUUUAUGAAAACCAAGAUAAUAAAUUCUUUGCAACAGUCAAUUAAUAAAAAUAAUAUUGUAAAAUCACCAGUUAUGAAACCAAAAAUAAACAAAUACAGAAUAGAUCGAACUGUAUCAAAAACAACAAAUGCAAAAGAACGUAUAAAUCUUAUUCAAAAAAAAACUAUAAAUAAUAAAAUGGAACUAAUUACAAUUGGUGGAAUUGUUUAUAAAUCUUCCAAGAAUCAUUUAGUACGUAAAAGUUAUGGAGUGAAAAAAAAACGAGUAAUAAAUCUUAAAGACAAAUUUAUUAUAACUACUAAUGGAAAAAAAUUAUGUAGAGUAAAAUCUUUAAAAGAAGCUUUAGGCAGUUCAAGUACAAAAAUAUUAAAUACAACAAAUGUAAUUAAAUCUUCAUUUAAUAUGUCGCAAAAAAUAAAUUAUAAAAAUAAUAUAAGCAAUAAAGUCAAACAAAAAAGUAUACAAAUAUUACGAAACAAAAUGCAAAAAAAUAACCAACCAUGUUUAAUAUUCCAAAGAUUUGGAUAUUGUUCAAAUCAUGAAAAGGGAAUUUGUGUAAAACUUCAUGAUAAAAAACAAAUUUCUUUGUGUAAGAAAUUUCUUCAAGGAAAUUGUUUAUUGGAUAAAUGUCCGUUAUCUCAUGAUAUUGGUCCAGAAAAAAUGCCAACUUGCAAGUACUUCUUAGAAGGUUGUUGUACCCGGGAUGCUUGUCCUUAUCGUCAUAUCAAAGUUUCUUCCAGUACUCCAAUUUGCAUAGAUUUCUUACAAGGAUACUGUGCCAAAGGUAGUGAGUGUAAGCAGCGUCAUGAAAAUCUGUGUCCCGAGUUUGAGAAAACCAAAAAAUGCAGUAAAGGUAAGCAUUGUCCUUAUCCACAUAAAACACAAUCCUCUUCUAAGAAACAAAGCCAUUUAAAAAGAAAGUACAGUACGCAUUGCAAUCAAGCAGUAGUUCCUGUUACAAAAAAUACUUCAUCUUAUAGUACUGAAAACAGGCUUAGAUAUUAUGAACAAGCAGACGUUCUAAAUAAAUCUCUUGAUAAAAAAAGAGAAAAUGUUAUGAAAAAAAUUAAACUUAUGAAAAAUGUAGAAUCAGCAAUUCAUUCUAAUACAUCAGUUGAAAUAUGUGAUAAUACAAAUUCAGAAAUAAAUGAAAAUAGUAAUGAAUCAGAAGUUAUUUCUGAUUCAACAGUAUUAAGACGUCCUCCAAUUGGUGUUCUACCUGCUUAUAUACCUAUUGAUUAAUGCAAAUUAGUAUAAUUAUUAAUAACAUUGUUUUGAUACUUUUUAAAGUCUGCCUUAGCAUCUAUUAAUUUCAAACAACAUAUCAUAUUGUGUAAUUUGAUAAGAAAAUUUGUUUUGACAAUUGAUGA